AUGCAUUAUUUUAUCGACCAGGACGCCAAGUACGAGCCCGUGCGCCCCUCGUUCGACACAGACGUCAUUCGGCUGUAUGGCCUUCAUCCCAUCGCGCAGUCGCUCGCCAGGGUCAACCCCGACGGCUCCAAGGGCGUGAAGCUGCGCAAGUCGUACAAGAACCACGUCGCCGACCUGCCGGGCAAGCACGCCAUCCCUACCGAGCGGACGCUGUCGCCGAUCGUAUUCCGGCCGGACAAUCCGGACCUCGGCGACGUCCAGCUCAAACAGUACCCGUUGGAGCAGUUGAAGGCGCUGUUUUCGUUUGAGAAGAGCUCAAUCAACGGCGUUCCCGGUUUCGACUCCAGCAAGCUGGCCAUUGACAGUCUCGACUCCUCGGCUAAAAAGGAGCGCAAGAGAAAGGGCACGCCCACGACGCCGAGCGAGCCCGACCAGAAAAAACGCCAUGUCCAGCUGCGGGAAUUAGACCCGGCCGUCUUCUUUCUCGUAAAAACGGUUACUUUCUUGACCGUGUCCAAAUGCGUCUCUGCUCCACCACCCAAAAGACAGCAGCCUUGCCGCGACGAGUGUACUGAGCGCCCGCACUCAGCCGACCAUGUUGAACUUCUGCAAGUUGCGACGAUCGUCGCCAAAAAACAGCCCACCUUAACGAUGUCGCAGGUGUCGGCGAGAAGACGGUAUGGUCAAGUAGCGGCCAAAGAGGAAAGCAGACAGGUAAUUUCCAGCGUCUCCAAACGCCGUUUCUCUCGCUGCCUUGCACGGGUCGUUCCGCUACAGCCGCACGUUGCCGAUGGUAGCAGUGGUGGCAGAAAAUCAGACCUGGCUGUGCACAGUAGCGCUCGGGCGACCGAAGAGAGCCAGGCUCGGGAGGAGUCUCUGGGCGACAUAAGCGCGGCUCUAAAUGCCGUCUAUCUCUGUUCUAAUGCGUUGCUCCACUGGAACUGA